CUGCACACAAAAAGGGCAGCAAAGUCAGAAUUGGGGUACAAAAGGUCAGCAAUACCAGCAGAAAGAAAAGGAAAAUGUCGUCGUCGAAGGGGAUCGGAAGCGGAGGAGGCGUCGGAGGGCCAAAAACCACCGCACCGGUGGCGACGGAGUUAGAUAAGUUAAGCGUGGAGCAGUUAAGAGCCGUAAAAGAACAGGCCGAUCUCGAAGUCAAUCUUCUCCAAGACAGCCUUAACAACAUCCGCACUGCCACUGCUCGUCUCGACAUCGCCUCAAAUGCUCUGAAUGACCUCUCCCUCCGGCCCCAAGGGAAGAAAAUGCUGGUGCCUUUGACGGCAUCGCUUUAUGUUCCGGGAACACUGGAUGAUGCUGACAAGGUGCUUGUGGACGUUGGCACUGGAUAUUUCAUUGAGAAAACAAUGGUGGAAGGAAAAGAUUAUUGUGAGCGAAAGAUUAACUUGCUAAAGUCCAACUAUGAUCAGCUUCUUGAGACAUUUUACUCCUGGCUACUACUGCAGCAAAAUAGUCUCAGGAUACUGAUCCUGUUACGACUGGGGGAAAAAGAGUGUCCCCAGGCAAAGGCAUUUCUGUGUGCUCCUAGCCAUGCAUUUGAGGCCUUUGUCAUGCAUUUGAGGCCUUUGUUUUAUAUAGUUCACACUGCCAUAGUAGAAAUCAUUUCUAAGAGUAUGCUACGAGUUGCUCUAUCCUCAACUUUAACAAAGGACUGUGGUUGCAUAGUGUUAUGCCUGUUGAUUGACAUUUAGUUCAAAACUUUGAAAGGCACUCAGUCUGUAAAUGGUAAUAUAUGAACCUAAUGAGAAAGAAGAUAUUAAUAAUGUUUGAACUUGAUGCCCUGGUUUUAAAAGUCUGCAACAGGGCAAAACGUUUCAACAGUUGACACUGAUGUGUCAUUGUUGUAAUCUUUUUUAAUCUUCCCAGGCAUUGGAUACUUUAUUUUCUAC